CAGUUUUCUAAUUUAAUCUAGGAAUUACGAACUCAAAGAGAAAGUUAUUAUGAAUAUUUACUCCUAUAUAUAAACGUCUAUUGUUGACUUAAACCCCAAUACAAAUGUAACAGAGGCAGCACUCCAGGAAAAGCCUUCCGUAAUUUCAAGAGCUUUAUGUCCACAUAAGUAUUCGGUCGAUGUUCAUUUCUUGUUCAAUCCAUUAGCUUAUUAAUAUUGGAACGUGCAAUACAAGAACAAAUACACUGAAGCAUUUGGAUUAUUUAUAAGAAUAUUUCAAUAUUUGUGUAUGGAGAUAAUAUAAAAGGAGAUUAUUCAGUGACAUAGUUCAUUAGAGCACAAACUGCAAUUAGCAGAUAACAACAAGGCUACGAUAACGGGGAGUAAUUACAAUGUGGGGAUGAGCUGAAAAAACAACCAUCGAAUCGAAAUUGACAUUAUCAAAACAGUUUUCCUGUUGUUGUUCAAACUUAGCGACGAGGAUAUGAUUUGCUUAAAACAGGAGUGACACGCAUUUGGAUGGUAAACAGUGACAGAUUAGCAGAACUAUUUUAGUGAAGCUAUCCACGACAUUCCCGGGAGGUGUGAAUGCUCAUAAGUGCUGAAACUGGAUUUAUAAGAGCAAUCGAGACAAUAAGUGGCUCAAGUGGUACAAAAAGAGCAAUUGUGAAACGUGGCGAUUGGGUCCUAGAUUGUAGUUAGCGGCAAUGGAGGACGAAACGCCAUAUAACGUAAAUGCAACUAUCACUGACGUCCCCGCUAAUACUACAGUCCCACCCUUUUACUUAGAUGGACACCGAUCAGAAAACGAUUUCUAUGCCUUCCAUAGACCUUUAUUUGGAUACGUGGAUCGCUACGUGACGUGUAUAUGGUACGUCAUUGGACUAAGCGGAAAUACGCUUGCGUUUCUAGUUUGGAUUCGAAAGCGCAUGCGCCACUCAAGCGGAUGCUACUUAUCCGCUCUUGCAUUAGCAGAUCUUAUCUUCCUAUUGCUUCAUAUAUGUUUCGAGCUGGAACAAACGUGGAAUCUAAAAGUGAUAUCAGUGCCUAUAUACUGUGAAAUUUACCCGAUUCUAUCAAUGACUUUCCAGUACACAUCCCCGUUGUUUGUCUUGGGAUUUACAGUGGAGCGAUAUAUAUCAGUGUGUCAUCCAUUCAAACGGGAACAAUACUGUACCAUAAAGAAAGCAGUUGUCGUUAUCGUUGCAUUAAUGGCGACAUGUUUAGCAUUAAGUGCUGUUCAAGGCUACUUUUGGCAGUACAACUAUGUUAAAAAGGAAUGUUAUCCCAGAGCGGAGGUUGUAGCUGGGGGAACAUAUUCCCCGUGGUCUAUAUGGAGCUGGAUCACGGAAAUGACCAUAUUUGGCUUUGUGCCCAUAAUGGUAUUAUUUUUCAACAUUUUGGUGAUAUGUGAGGCGAGAAAGAUGCGUAAGCUGGAAAUUACAUUGGGAGCUAAGAAGAGUAAGAAAUCAGCCUCCACAACGUUUAUGUUACUUGUUGUAUCAUUUUAUCUAAUUAUUACAACUCUUCCAGCUACAAUAAUGUACGUUUUGUAUUUCUACUUUCCCUAUGGUGAUACUAAUAUGAACGAUGAACAAAUUAAGCUCGAUGAGACAUGGCAGAGACAUUUGGAUUACAAGACAAUUGGACAAAUUGUUUACGAGAUAUGCAUGUCCCACUACGCUUGUAAUUUCUUCAUCUACGUCGCAACUGGGAAAUUAUUUCGUAGGGAACUGAAAUUUAUAAUCUAUCAAUACAUUUGUAGGAAAGACUGGCGACAGUUAAGAGGAAAGGAAUUUACAGAAAGUUGUGGGUCUCCAGGAACAAUGAAAACAACUGUUGAUCACAAUACGCGUCUGUUGAAUGGCAACAACAACGCGCACACUGUGCUGUAGCAAACUGCGAACGCGUUCGUUCGUAACUUUAAUGCAAUUUGAAUAUUGAUUAAAAGCAUUACAAAACGUGCUUUGAUUUGUAAUUAUAUCUUUAGUCAUUCCCUGUCAAAACAAAUGACAAAGUGAAGUUCAGUUAACAAACCAGGAACACUGUGUUUGAUGUUGGCAUUUUAGUUGAGGUUGUAUUGAAGAGGCGUAGAGCGCUAUCUUUUAUUGUCAUGAUUAGUUAUAAUUAUAUUAUACAUUAAUAAUAGUUGAAUAAAAAAGACGCAGCAACACAUCGUGUAAAUUAUUUGACAUUAGUUUUUAAAUUUAUUAAAUCGUGAAAGACAAUUAAAAAGUAACACGUAAUUAAAUAAAUAAGUCAUAAUUUAAAGCGAAUGUUUGUUAGACACCGGAGAAGUUAGAUAAAAUCAACCUUCAUA